CUUCUGACAUAGAUAUAUUGCCAGGAGGCGUUGAAAGCAUGGAAGACGAUGAUGAUCUCCCGCCCAUGCUUGUCGCAGCAGAUGGCUCAAACGAUGCUGCUGAUGAGACUAACUUGGAAGAGCUCCAGGCGAAGAGAGUUCCCAUCACGAUCAUCACAGGCUACCUGGGAGCUGGGAAGACAACAUUACUGAACUACAUAUUGACGGCUCGUCAUGGCAAGAAGAUCGCAGUAAUUCUGAACGAGUUCGGCAACAGCAGCGACAUCGAAAGAUCUCUUACGGUGAACCAAGGCGACCACAAAGCCGAAGAAUGGCUUGACCUUGCCAACGGAUGUAUAUGCUGCUCCGUCAAAGACCAAGGCGUCAAUGCUAUUGAGAGUCUCAUGGAGCGCCAGGGAACUUUCGACUACAUCCUUCUUGAGACCACCGGCCUGGCAGAUCCGGGCAACAUAGCGCCUUUAUUCUGGGUUGAUGAGGGACUUGGGAGCACAAUCUACCUCGAUGGAAUCGUAACGCUGGUCGAUACGAAGAACAUCCUGAAGUCUCUUGACGAGCCAGUCGGGGAAGAAGCCGUGAAGAGUGAUGAAGAGGAUCAUAAUCACAAAGGACCAAUCCUUUCGACGGCCCAUUUGCAAAUCUCCCACGCCGACGUGAUAGUCAUCAACAAGUCCGACCUCGUAACUCCAGCGGAGAUGGAGGCUGUCAAAGCCCGCGUCCAAUCCAUCAACGCUCUCGCACGACUCUACGUCACGGAUCACAGCCAAGUGCCUGCACUCGAAGGCCUAAUUCUGGAUCUCCACGCUUACGAUGAUGUGACAG